AUGUGUGAUAACAAGGAGUACAAACUGGUGGUGCUGGGCAGUGGAGGUGUUGGCAAAUCGGCACUGACGAUUCGUCUCGUGACGGAUAAUUUCCUCGAGGAUUAUGACCCUACUAUCGAGGACAGUUACCGGAAGCAGACGACAAUUGACAGUAGCCCUGCGCUGCUUGAUAUUCUGGAUACAGCUGGCCAGGAAGAGUACACGUCCAUGCAAGACCAGUGGAUGCGCGAAGGAAAAGGGUUUCUGCUGGUCUAUAGCAUAACCAGUCGCAGCUCGUUUGACGACAUUGUCGCGUUCAAGGACAAGAUCCUGCGCGCGAAGGAUGUGGACAAUGUUCCGAUCGUGCUGGUUGGCAACAAGUGCGACCUGGAGGUGCAGCGGCAGGUGGUGGUUGAUGAGGGCAGGUCUCUUGCGCGCCGGUGGGGUUGCGCGUUUAUGGAGACGAGUGCCAAAGAGAGAAUAUUGAAUGAGGAGUGCUUCUACCAAGUGGUGCGUGAGAUCAGGAAAGCUGAGCGUCCCGCGCGCGUGGAGCGACCUCAACCUACCCAGAAGCCACAAAAGAAGUCUGGCGUGAAGUGCAACAUCCUAUAG